GAUGUCUGUCUCUCUCUCUCUCUCGAGAAACUGACGCUGAAAAGUAUUGUAGUCUCUCUCCUCAUCACAAAGAAAAAUCAAACUAUAGAAACCAAGCUCCUCCAGGGCUACAGCGAGAGAGAAAGCAAUGGAGUCUAGGUCAUGGAUCUACGUCUUCGUUGUCGCUAUCAUUGGAUGGUCAAUUGCAGUGUGGUUUGGUUCUGAAACUAAGGAAUUGGUUCUGAAUCUAGAUGGCUCCAACUUCCACGAGACUGUUGCCAAGCAUGACUUCAUCGUCGUCCACUUCUAUGUUCCAUGGUGUCGCCAUUGCCAGAAGUUUGCUCCAGAGUAUGAGAAAGUUGCAUCUUUGCUGAGUAGUCAUGAUCCUCCAAUCACCCUAGCAAAAGUUAAUGUCGAUGACGAGAAGAACACAGGACUUGCAAGUGAAUUUAAGAUUUCGGGUUACCCAACAAUUAAGAUCUUCAGAAAUGGAGGGAACCAUAUUCAAGAUUACGAAGGACCUCGGGAUGCUAGACGUAUUGUUGCUUAUUUAAAGGUGCUAAGCGGCUCUGCUUCUGCUGAAAUAGAAGAUUCCACAGAAGAUUACGAUUUCGAUAUGUACAUUAACGUGGUAUAAAUAUACAAAAGAAUAAAAACAAUAUAAAUAAAUAAUAUAUUAUGAUAGGAGAAAUAUGGUGAACCACUUUAAGAAUAAACGUUUCGCCACUUUAUGAGGGUUUUUUUUUAAUUAAUAUUUUAGGGUGUCUCUUGCCUAACCCAGCCCAACUAGACCCAA